AACGCCUUAUUUAUUACUUCAAUGGCUUUUUUUCUCUGUUUUUAUCAUCUUCUCCAAGUCUGCCUAGACUUCUCAUUUAUUCGUUCAUUUCUUCUUCGAGCUUUCUUCAAUGGCUUCUUCUACUGCAAGAGACCAAGAGGCCUCCUCCUCUUCCAUGCCCCGUUGUGCCUACCACGCCUUCUGGAGUUUCAGUGGCAAAGACCUCCGCAAGACCUUCAUCGACCACCUCCACACAGCCCUCUCCCGAUCAGGAAUUCACACCUUCAGAGACGAUGACGAGAUCGAGAGAGGCCAAGACAUUGACUCCGAACUCAGAAAAGCAAUUGAACAAUCUAGGGUUUCCAUAAUUGUGUUCUCCAAAGGCUAUGCUUCUUCGAGAUGGUGUCUCGAUGAGCUAGUGAAGAUUGUGGAACGCAACAAGACCUCUGGCCAAGUUGUUUUGCCUGUGUUCUAUGAUGUGGAUCCAUCUCAAGUGAGGAAUCAGACUGGGGCUUUUGGGGAAGCAUUUGAUAGGCAUGAAGAGGAGUCCGAGACGGCGGAGAGUGAUGGAAGGAGAAAGGAAAGGAUGGAAGUGGUGAAGAGGUGGAGGGAAGCUCUCACUGAAGUUGCAAAUCUUGGAGGGAAGGUUUUGCAGAAUGAAGCUGAUGGGCACGAGUCAAUGUUCAUCCAGGAAAUUGUUCAAGAGGUAGGGAAAAAAUUGAAUCGCGUGGUUUUGAUGGUUACCCAAUACCCGGUGGGCAUAGAUUUCCGAGUCAAAAAAAUUAAUUUGUGGUUACAAGAUACAUCACCUGAUGCUGACAUAGGGGUCAUAUGUGGGAUGGGGGGAAUAGGGAAGACAACCAUUGCCAAAACCGUUUAUAACUUGAACUUUGAAAGAUUCAAAUAUAGUAGUUUCCUUGCAAAUAUUAAAGAAGCUUCAAAACAACCAAAUGGUUUGGUUCGUUUACAAAGACAACUACUUCGGGAUAUUUUGAAGGGGAAGAAGCAAAAAAUAAGUAGUGUUGACGAAGGAAUCAUGAAGAUUAAAGAUGCUAUAUGCUGUAAAAAGGUUUUUGUUGUUCUAGAUGAUGUGGAUCAAUUGGAUCAACUAAAUUCAGUAUUUGGGAUGCGAGGGUGGCUUUACCCUGGAAGUAAAAUUAUCAUAACAACUAGAAAUGAGAGAUUGCUAAAGGCUUAUGAAGCGUGUAAGAUGUUCAAGGUUAAUGAAUUGGAUAGUAAAGAAUCACUUCAGCUCUUUUGCUGGCAUGCUUUUGGACAAGACCAUCCAAUUGAGGGCUACGCGGAGCACUCACGAAGUGUAGUGCAGCACUGUGGAGGGCUUCCUUUGGCUCUUCAAGUAUUGGGUUCCUCUUUCCGUGGCAAAAGUGUAGAGGUAUGGGAAAGUGCAUUGGAGAAAUUGGAAGCAAUCCCUGAUAAUCUUAUCCUGGAAAAACUGGCUGUAAGCUAUGAGUCUCUGCAAGAUGAUCUGGAUAAGAAACUAUUCCUCUAUAUUGCUUGUUUCUUUAUUGGGAAGGACAAGGAAUGUGUGGUUAAAAUACUAGAUGAAUGCUAUCUCUACCCAACAGUUGGAAUUCAUAAUCUCAUGGAUAGAUGUCUCAUUACAGUUUCUCAGAUUGUUGAAAUUUCUGAACCUUGUUUGGUUAUUAAAAUACUAGAUGAAUGCUAUCUCUACCCAACAGUUGGAAUUCAUAAUCUCAUGGAUAGAUGUCUCAUUACAAUUGAAAAUGGCAAUAAGUUAAUGAUGCAUCAAUUACUCCAAGAGAUGGCAAGAGAAAUUAUUCACAAAGAAUCGCCUGAAAUGCCGGGGAAACGGAGCAUACUGUGCCAUCAAAAGGAUUCCUUUUAUGUCUUGAGUACAAAAACUGGUACAGAAAGUGUUCAAGGCCUCAUCCUCAACAUGCAUAUGUUAAGGGAAGAAAAGUCUUCCACGACAAAUUUUAAUGUUAACAAAGCAAAACGACACCACAUGAAAGAUGCCAUUGACAGAUCCAAUAUGGCAUACCAAGGCAAUUCACCAAAACGGCGUCGUAUCGGCUUCCUCUCCUGGCAACCAAUAGCCAGUGCGUUAACAAAAUUAUUUCCUGUACCAGAUGAAGUAAACUUGACAACCGAUGCAUUUGCAACAAUGCAAAAACUAAGACUACUCCAGCUUAAUUAUAUGCAACUCAAUGGAUGCUAUAAAGAGUUCCCUAAGGAGUUGAGAUGGUUGUGUUGGCAUGGAUUUCCUUUGAAAUCUAUACCUAGCAAUUUUAAUAUGGAGAGCCUGGUUGCUCUUGACAUGCAAAAUAGCAGCUUGACAAGAGUUUGGAAGGGAACCAAGUUUCUCAGAUUGUUGAAAUUUCUGAACCUUGGUUACUCCCAUAGCCUUACCAGAACUCCCGACUUCUCAGGACUCCCUAGUCUUGAGAGACUAGUGCUUAAGUACUGUGUAAGUUUGGUUAAGGUUCAUGAAUCCAUUGGAGGCCUAGAGAAACUUGUUUGUUUGAAUCUACGAGGCUGCAAAAGUCUUGGGAAGCUUCCAAGAGAAAUUGGUGGGCUAAAAUCCCUUGAGAAACUCAUUCUCUCUGAUUGCUCAAAUCUUGAAAGUUUGCCGGUGGAGCUCGAGAAAUUAGAAUCUCUGACUGCACUACAUGCUCAUAAAACAGCUAUAAUUCAAUCAUGCCUUACCAGUCGAAAGAGGGAUUCCUGGCCCUUCCUUUUUUGGUCAACAGCAUCAAAGCCAAGCAAGAAUGUGAAUUUACCAUUGCUUUCUUUACCUUGCACUUUAGUAAAAUUAAGAAUUAGUGAGUGCAAUCUGUCAGACGAAUCUAUACCAAGGGACUUUAGUGGCCUAUCUUCGUUGUUGGAAUUGGAUCUAAGCCUAAAUCCGAUUUCGAGCUUGCCUGAGAGUAUCAGGAACCUUACUAUGCUCAAGUCCCUUUAUUUAGAUACAUGCAGGAGUCUCCAGUCACUUCCAGAGCUUCCAUCGAGUUUGAAGGAAAUUAUUUUAAUAGAUUGCAAGUCACUGGAAAGAAUGACAAUGCUUCCAAGACUGUUGAAAUCUCUGGACUUUAUGCUUAUAAAUGGUUGCAAUAAACUAAUUAAGGUUGAUGGCUUGUUCAAGUUAGAACCCUUAGGAAACUUAGAUGCAAAAAUCAUCAAGAAGUUGGGUUUGGUUGACUUGGAAUCCUUGGGAAACAUUGAGGUGGAACUAUGCAAUAACUUGACAUUCACUCGAGAGAAAGGUCCCCUCCAGGGUCUCUUUGAAUUUGGUAUAUUCAGCACUUUCUUUCCUGGGAGCGGGGUUCCGGAUUGGUUCGGCAAUAGGAGUAUUGGGCCCUUGAUAUCUUUCACUGUGCCUUUGCUUUUUAAUCUUGAGAUCCAAGGAUUGAGGGUUUGUGUUACUUACGUACGUUCUGACCGUCAUGAAGCUGGGGAGUUUUAUGAUUUUUAUAUCAAAAUCAGUAAUAAGACCAAGGGCCUGGAUUGGACUUAUGGCCCAAUGUUCUAUGGCAAUGAACAAGAAGAUAUGAUAUGGUUAAGCCACUGGAAUGUUGCGAAUCAGUUUGAAGGUGGUGAUGAAGUGAAUGUUUCAAUGGUUGUGGGGCUUGGUUUUCAGGUGAAGGAGUGUGGAAUUGACCUUGUGUAUGAUCAAGAAGAGAAAUGUACCCAAUCGAACAGUGGCAAAGAAUUAAUCCAACGUACCGCAUAUCCUUAUUAUCAGAAUGUCAUAGGCGGAGAUUUGUCACCAUAUCAGAGGGGCAAAGGUGUGUAUGUCCUCAGCCAUUAUGAUCUAUAUCCAGACAUAUAUCCCCCUCCUCAAAAUCCUUCAAGUGAUCGCUGGGAUGAUCCAAGCGUUUACGAUCCUUCAAUUUGGUGCCCGAUUCUAGAUAGAGAUGAAGAAGAAGACGACAACGAAGGAAAUGAUGAUGAUGAAGAGGAAUUCUAAAAUAUCAUAUUUGAUAUUGAAAUAUGCAGAUAGGAGUUACUCCUUCCUCAUUGACAUGGAAUUGGUUCUACUUUUGUUUGCUAUCCCAGGAUUCAGGUUGGGGGCCUUAUUUCUGAAAUUAGAUUUGAGGUUUUCCUUUAUGUAGCUAAUCACGGUGUGUGAGUGUAUAUAGCAGAAGUAAAUGUUUUUAUUGGUAUUGAGGCAACUGCUUAUGAUGCCACACUUUUUCGUUAAUAUUCUCAUAUAAGGAAAAUUUCAGUGAUGGUCCAAUGGUUGGUCAUCAGCCUUGAGGAACGUUUUAAAAAAUUUAUGAGAAGUGUCUAGAAAUAUGUAAAUGUGUUCGAGUAUAUGUAAAUAUAUUGUGAUUGAAACCAAGUUGACUUUUUGUUCACCUUGAUGAUAGCCCAGUAAGACUGGUGGAAAGAUGAAAAAUUGCUACUGUAUAAACCCAGGAGAGGAUUAUGAAGGGGGCUAGGGGGUCACUCUCUCUCUCUCUCUCUCUCUCUGUAAGAGGUUAAUAGAGUGAUUGUCGUGGCACACACUACGAGAAAAAACACAUUUGGCGACUAAAAAUUGAAUCGCCAAAAGUCGGUUUUUUAUUUUCCCCGACCAAAUUUUUUAGUCACCGGUUUGGUCGCCGAGAGAUGGUCGGGAAAGGUAUUGGCGACUAAAAAACUUUUUGUCGCCAAAAAACAAGUCUUUAGCGAUCAAAA